GUUCGUUCGUUGAUUGAUCCAGAGUACGACGUGAAAUCGGUGAAGCAUGCCUGGUUAAAUGGAUGCUUGAAUGCCUCGCCAAUGCAAGAUUUCAAUGAGUCUUCUCUUCGCUUGUACCGUGUCGAGUUGCGCGGCUCCUACCUAUACAUUUAUAGGCCUCCGCUGCUGAUGAAUGUUCUUCUGUUCAAGCUUGAUCCCCAAUUGCCUGCUCCAAAUGCGGGCAUGACUUCUGAGCUGGAAACAGCCACGAUUUCUGCUUCAUAUCAGAGAUCGGUGAUUCCUUCUGACAAAAUUUCCCACUUUCUGCCAAAUUUCCCCCACCCGGAACUCAAAUUUAACACGACAUCUGAAACAUUUGCUCCGUCGUGUCCCAUUGAAGCAUUAGUGCAUUAUUUCAUAUUCGCUGAUGGUCAAGUGCAUGGAAUGGCAAUUCGUCAGCUUUCAUUAGUCUUCCCUCUACUCCCGAAUUUCGCCGAUGUACUCAAGCUCAUGGAAACAUACUUGCAAGCAAUUUUUAGCGGCAGUUUUGAUAAUUACCAGCCCGGAGCAGAUCUAUUCGAACGCAUUCUUACUUUGUUGAAACAUAUUGACAAACACCUCAGCGGGUUUCUACUAAAAGCUGACGUGGCACCAUAUAUUCUAAAACUCUUGCAACUUGUCGGUAGUGCGAGUCCAGUUGAGUUUUUGGACAUAAUCACACAAAUUCAAGAUUCUAUUGUCAAAAAACAACUAACUUUACUUGAUCUCAUUGGAUCUGUCGAUUCAACACCUCGUUCAAGUGUUUUAAAUGAGAGUAUAUUCGAUGAAUUGAGCGCACAUAGAUUUUUACACAAGUUUAAUCUCCUUGAUCUUGUGACUGCCAUCAGCGACAUUGAUUUAUUGUUCUACGAGAGUUGGAAUUCAAGCACGGAUAAGUCAUUGUUGCUUUCUACUUCAAUGGACGAAAAUAAUCCUGGUGAUUAUUUUUACAAGAAAAACCCUUUGGUUUUUAACAACGAGACGCACCUUCACUAUUUAUCGAGGCUUCUCGUAAAUCACUUGUUUGUUGAGAACCUUCAUUCCACGACUGAUAUAAAAGCCCGGAUUCUCGAGAGGUGGAUUGAUCUCGGCUGUCUCUUAGAUAAAUUUGGAAACAUGUCUUCAUGGUUGGGGAUCUCUUCUAUAAUUUUAUCUCAGCCAAUACUUCGCUUGAAAGAUGUUUGGUCUCAAGUGGGUGAAGACUACAUUAAGCUUUUGAAAAAUGACUGGUCACCCAUUUUGUAUGAACUCGAUCAAAGGUGUUUUGUUCACACAACUAAUGUUCUGCUGUCGGAUGCUCAGUCCAACGGGCUACUUCCGGUUUUCAAGGAGUCGUAUCACAUCAUGGCUCCCAGAGGAUUGGGAAAAAUUUUUCCGAAGGAAAAGGUGGUUCCUUAUUUUGGCGACUUGUUAGUAAACAAUACUAACCUGGCAAAUAUCGCAGAACUCGAAAAUGUUUGGAAAAAAAUUACACAUUCUUUUGAAAGAUGGAAUGAAUACCUCAGUAAUCUUUCUAAUUCGCAGGAUAUUAUAUCUUACAAUCAGGAUGUGUUGAGACGCUAUGAUUCCAUGGGAUUCAUGUUCUCAAAUGAAAGUUUGAAUCAAGUGCUUUAUCUCGGAGUCAACAAAGAAGACGGUAAAAUCACUCCUCUGGUUCCCAAACUUCCUGCUCCUGAAAUAGCCACUGAUCCAAUUGACGGAACUAAAAUUCAGGACGAAUUGCGAAGAAAACUUCUCUGUUUACUCGAGCUAAAUUGCGAUUCAAUUAGUCUUUCUACUGUGAUGAGCCAUUCUUUGCGUAUGGAGCCGAGCUUGAAGGAAGGUUACUUGAAUCUGCCUGAUAAAGGCAUUUUUGACGUUUUCUUGAAGGACGAUCUGAAAGAAAUCUUUAGCCCUUUAUCAAUAGAUUCGGGUAUCUCCAUGGCAAGCCGUUCAACCCCCGAAGUGGAUGACACUUCCAUUAGGAAUCAAACAUCUUCAAAGACCGAUUCCUCUUUCAAAGAUAAGCUACCAACUUUCAACCUUCAAUACUACAAAAUUGAUGUUUCAAAGUAUGAUGAUCUUCUAUCUCAUCUGAGGGACAGGGCUGAAGACACGCGUGAAUCACAUGAUAUAUUUGUUGAUAGUGACUUGGUUCUUCGCCUUGAUGACUUCAUCAAUGACUUUGAAAAUACAGUGACCCCGACAACAUCUACUGGUGAGAUCACUCAGUCAACAGAUAAUGAUGAUGGUUUGGGAAUUGAUGUCGAAGAAUUGAUGAAUUCAGAAAAGUUUAAAACUCUCUCUUCAUUAAGUGAUUCUGAGAGUACGGAUGGUAUCUCUACCAAAAGAAAACACUGCAGUUUCGGACUCGUCUCUCGUCACUCCUACUUAGGUUCUCAUCGCCAUUCGCAGAAUUAUAUUCCGCGUUUUGCUACGAUGGACAAACUUAUCGAUUUGCUCUUACUUGACUCCAAGUACUUAGAUGAGACCCACUUGAUUGAUCUCACUGAGUACAGGUUUGUCUUUAUGUUGAAUUAUAGCUCAUUUAUAACAACAAAAGAGCUACUUGAGAGGCUUUCUCAUAGAUUCAUUCAUUCUGGCAAUGCUGUCAUCUCCGUCAUGAGAAGACUGUUCAUGCAAAAGCAGGGAAUUUGGGACCCAGUUUCUUUUGGCGCUUUUCCUAAUUGGAAUUCAGAUAAUAGUGUUGACUUAUCUCAGUUGGGUGAGGUAGACUAUAAGCUACUUCUUGAGAUACAGGCAAAUAUACUCAAGGUUUUGCUCAUUCUACUAAGCCAUUUUUUUGAGUGCUUCUUGAAUGAUUUGCACAACAAAACUAUCAUGAUAAAAAUUCUCAAAUUAUACAGUAACGAGAUUUUGCAGUGGUAUAACUCGAACAAGAUUGAUGAUACAUUGAAUGAGUCAUACGAGAAUCUUGUAGGACUUUACAAGAGACUAAAAAGCAAUUUCAUUAAAAAGACCUACAGGCCACUGAAAAUGCUGAAGUUUGACCUACUUCUCAGCCAAGAUUUCGAAUUCUCUCGAAGUGUGCGGGAGGUUCCAAUGAACAGAAACCUUCCCAGCCACAAAAAUUUUCACAAAGUGGAGAAGUUUAUCAUUAAGUUUAAUAAGCUCCUUGCAAUUUUUUAUCAAGGUAUCACUCCCGAGAACUGGUUUGCCAUUUUCAAAAUUCUUGAAAAUCAAUUUGCGAAUUCCACACUUUUGAAUUACGAUAUCCAAACUGCUGGAACCUCCGAAAAAAACCUCAGAGUAAGUGAUGUUUUCACCUACCUCGAGUCAUUGUUUGAAACAGAUGCUCAUGAGAAAGUACUCAACAAGUUUCCGUUGGUUUUCAAAAAGCUCUACAGUCUCUAUCAAAAGUUCAAGGCGUACCUUCUUAUUCAAAUUUGCGAUGAAGGUCUUGGUGACGAGGAACGUCUCGAAAGGAUGAAAACAUUAUUGCUCAUGAUAACGAUCUCAAGAUUGAAAAUGAGAGAUAGUGUAUUUGUCUUCGAAGGCGACCGUGAAUUUGUUCCUUCUUGCGUUGAGACAGCAAUCACAAGUAUCAUGUAUUCACCAGAAAGUCGCUCACUUGCUCACUUUUGGCUCAACGCUUCAUCAGGUUCGAACAUAUCCGUACAAAACCCGAGUCUUGCUGUUGAUGGCAUCGAAUCCCUUUUGCCAAAACAUAUCAAACAUUCAGACUUGUCGGCUGCGAGUGAGCCUCUUCUUCCAUGUUUUGGUUGGAUCAUCCAAAAUCUCAUACAUUUGAAUGAAUGCCCAUCAUUCCACAGAAGUGCGAUAAAUUUCAAUAAAAGGUACUUCCUAUACAGACUUAUUAGAGAGUUGAAUGUGGAAGAAUUGAAGAGCAAUGAGCUUCAGAGAGACACGAAAGAUUUUGAAUUCCUUUUUCAAUUGGAUGAAAGGCGUGUCUUAGGAAAUCUUGGGAACAUUGAUCUGUCUAGUACUAAAUUAUUGUUUGAUACAAUUCUUAAGGAACAAUACUCGAUCAAUAUCCGUGAUGAACAGAAUAGAAGCACAGGACAUGGAAUCUCGACCCUGAGCAAUGAGCGAAUGCAUGCUACUCAAACCCCCUCAAGCACGAACUUAAGACGACAAUCAUUGUCAUACAAGACUGCAUCUUCUUCCAGAUUCAAGAUAAGCGGCCUAUUCAACAAAUCUCGCUCAUUUGGGCACACUGGGGGGUAUGAGAGAGUUACUACAUACAAAGAACUACCAGACCCUAUCACUGUGGCAGAUCCGCGCCAAAAACCGUUGCUUGUCAUUCGAUUGAAAGAUCGGAAGAUCUUUCCAGUCUAUCUUCUUCCUUACUGUUUCAAAUUUGACAGUCACAAUGCCCACGAAGCUUGUUUUUUUCAGGCUUCAAGUGAAACUGAUGCUAAGAGCUGGCUUCGCAGCUUGAAUUACGCGAACAGGCAUUGGUUUUUAUCCAAGUCGAUAAACUUGAAGUCUGACCAUUCUCAUACUACAUUCGGUAUACCCUUGGCUACAAUUUGUGCAAGAGAUGGCUUGGCCUCCCCAGCGAUUUUGGCUUCGAUAUAUGAAGUCAUCGAAAAAGAUUGUUUGAAGGAGGUGGGUAUCUACCGGAUAAGCACUUCUCUUAGUGAGUUAAGUGCAUUGAAGCAAGAAAUCAAUAGGACCGGCGUGAUAAAUUUUAGAAAUCGGACUGUCGACGUACACACUCUCACGAGUUGUGUGAAAUCGUUCUUCCGUGAAUUGCCCGACGCGCUUUUGACCGAUCAAGUCAUUGAGAUGUUGUGCGCUUUGAGACGUACAUCGAAUAAGGAGGACGGACUCACGAAAAAUGAUGUACUAGCGUUAAGGAAGAUAUUUUCCACCCUUCCUCGUGAAAAUUAUUGCACACUUCGAGCUCUUGUGAGGCACUUAAGCGUUGUUGUGCAGCAAAAUGAAAGCAACAAAAUGACAUGUUCCAAUUUGGCGACGGUAAUCGGACCAGCCUUAACAGAAGCUAGCAAUUUGGAGACAUUGAUGAAUAACUUUGGUGUCAUAAAUCACGUACUCGAGAUGUUGAUAGAAAGUUAUCAGUUGAUAUUUGAC